AUGGGCACUUUGUAUGAGGCUAAUAAUGUGUCGACCAAUGAAGACAAUAUUUAUACUCGGUCACCAAAAGUCAUUUCAAACGUGAAGGAAGAUAAUUCUACGAAAAUAUCGCUAAUCUUUUCGCUCAAUGAAGAAAUUGGUGCUCUUGGUAAAGCACUACACAUAUUCGAAAAACAUGGUAUCAAUUUAUUUCAUAUUGAAUCGCGAUUAUCUCGUCAAAAUAAAGAUGACCAUGAAUUUUAUGUUGUUUGCGAUAAUAGUAUGGGUUCUGUAACUGAUGCUAUUAAAGAAUUUCGUGAAUCAUCGAAAUAUAUUCAUGUACUUUCAGAAGCACAUGAGACCAUGCAUGAAUCAACACCUUGGUUUCCACGAAAAAUGCGUGAUCUUGAUCAAUUUGCUGGUCGCAUUCUUUCCUAUGGCUCCGACCUUGACGCUGAUCAUCCUGGUUUUCGUGAUGUACUCUAUCGAAAACGUCGAAAAGAAUUUGCUGAUAUUGCUAAUCAAUAUCGUCAUGGUCAACCAAUUCCACACGUUACUUAUAACGAACAAGAAAUUUCAACAUGGGGUACUGUUUUCAAUGAAUUAACAAAACUUUAUCCAACAAAUGCAUGUAAAGAGUUCAAUAAUAUAUUUCCAUUACUUGUUGAUAAUUGUGGUUAUAAUGAAUCAACUAUUCCACAAUUAGAAGAUGUUUCAAGAUUUCUUCAAGAUUGUUCAGGUUUUCGACUUCGACCAGUUGCUGGUCUUUUAUCAUCACGGGAUUUUCUUGCUGGGUUAGCGUUCCGUGUAUUUCAUUCCACGCAAUACAUUCGUCAUCAUAGUGUGCCUAUGUAUACACCUGAACCUGAUGUUUGUCAUGAAUUACUUGGUCAUGUGCCCCUUUUUGCUGAUCCAGAUUUCGCUGAAUUCAGUCAAGAAAUUGGCAUGGCUAGUUUAGGUGCACCUGACGAAUAUAUUACUCGCUUAGCGACUUUAUAUUGGUUUACUGUUGAAUUUGGUCUAUGUGUUGAAAAUAAUGAACCAAAAGCUUAUGGAGCUGGACUUUUAUCAUCUUUUGGAGAAUUACAAUAUUGCUUAUCAGAUGAACCAAAAGUUGUGCCAUUCGAUCCAUUUGUUGCUUGUGUUCAGGCAUUUCCAAUAAGAAAUUAUCAACCAAUGUAUUACUUAGCUAACAGUUUCAAGGAUGCUAAAGAAAAAUUACGUCAAUAUGCAAUGACAAUUCCACGUCCGUAUACGAUUCAUUAUAAUCCGUAUACACAAAAUAUGGAAGUAGUUGAUGGCAACGAACAGGUUGUCAACAUGGUUCGAACAUUAAGAAACGAUAUGGAUAUUAUUAUUGAUGCACUUCGCAAGGCACAAGUUAAACAAAUCUAA